AUGGCAGGUCACUCUCAAUCGUGCAAUAGUUUGUAUUAUAAUGGAAUGGAAGUGAUUGAUAAUGGUAUGGCAAGUAGUGAUAAUUCAAUAAAUGUUGCUAAUGCUGAUGACACAUUAAGUACGACUAGUUAUCCUGCAACGACUGAUAGUUGUGGCAACAGUUGGUCGGAAACAAUUAGUCAAUCAACAACAAUGGAUUUUUCAACAUCGGUUUUUGAUAUGAACAAUAUAUCUAACAAUAUAUCAUUGGUAUCUAUAUGGGAAACGCGUAGUUCAAGUAUAAGACCUAAUCAUACUUAUCCUGGUCCUUGUGUACUGACAAAGGAUUAUGAUGAUAAUUACGAGUCGCCUUAUUCAAUUAUGAAUAGCUAUCCAACUACUGCACGUGAAGAUAUGUUUCCUGCAUAUCAAUCCAUAUUUUCUGAUGAUGAAAAAGAUGAUUUUAAAAAAGAAUCAAUAAGAUGGUGUGACAGAGAUAACGUUUGCAAUUUUCCUGGUCAUGAUGUACAACAACAUCCGAGACUAUCAGAUUGCCGCAGAGCUAACAUAAUUAUGUGUUCCAAGAUUGAUAAAUUUCCUAUUGGAGGACGACUCUGUUCGAAACAUCGAAAAAUGUUUUAUUCAAAGACUGAUUCUGAAAUGUAUAGUCAUCCAAGCUGCGACACAUUCGGUAGUGCCUACGAAGUUGAGGACACCCGUGAACAUAUGAAUAAUAUCUUGAAUGUAGCUGGUCUCAGUCCUGUUAAAUCACAGACAACGAAAACUCUCAAGCAACAAAGCAAAGGUAGUGUUCGCCGUCUUCUAAGUAAACUAAAACGUGGUACUCAACUUCUGCAAAGUAAACUAGCUGAAAGCUUAGCACCUGAUGAAGGUGAUGAUUUGCUGAGAAUGGCUAAUUUAUCUGAAAUCUCUACUCAACCUAAUAUCGAUAUGCAGGUUGAAAACAACGAAAUGGUCGAAAACAUCAAGAAAAUUUAUAAUCUAUACAUAGCUCAAAAGAUGCCUUUUGCCGAACAAGUGUGCUUAUUGAUAUUAUUACCACGUGCCUGA